AUGAGACCAUUGCUCAUCGUAUACGGAAGUGAAACGGGCACAGCUCAAGACACUGCAGAAACUCUCCGAAGAGAAGCUAUUCUACAGGGUUUGCCUGUCAAGUUACUGGGUCUAGAUGAAUACGACUUUGAUGAAUUGGUUGAUGAAAAUGUCUUAGUUUUUGUUGUUGCUACUACGGGGCAGGGAGAAGUACCCCCUAACAUGAGGAACUUUUGGAAAAAGCUGCUUAGGAAAUCCUUACCGAACACGUUGCUAGAGAAUAAAUCUGUUGCAGUAUUCGGCUUGGGUGACUCAUCUUAUCAGAAAUAUAACUUUGCUGGGAAGAAGCUGUAUCGUCGUCUUAUUCAAUUAGGAACAAACAUUCUUCUGCCACUAGGGUUAGGUGAUGAUCAGCACGAGUUAGGAAUAGAUGGAGCCUUGAUUCCUUGGAAACAAACUCUUUGGAAACAAAUCUACGAAAGAAACUUCUUCAAGGAUGUUAUGAAAGAUGGUUUUGACCCAUCCAUUUCCAUUCCUCCUCGCUUUGUGUUGUCAGAUACUGAUAAUGGAAGUCAGGAAUCGAAAUCAAAUGACGAAUAUCACGAGUUAUACGUCUUGAAAAACGAAAGAGUUACCGCUUCUGAUCAUUUCCAAGACACUAGACUCAUUCAAUUCGGGAUCCCAGAUGACGUGUCAAGCGAGUUUAGGUAUGAACCAGGAGAUGUUCUUAUGGUUCGACCUUAUAACCAUCCCGAGACUAUCGAAAUUGCUGUAAAUGCCAUGGGGUUCACGGAUGAUGUACUGGACAAAGAGUUUUAUCUGCGAGCCAACAAUGAUCCAUUCGCUCGCUUACCUCCGACUUGGCUGAUUGGAAAAAAAACAACUUUGCGCAUUUGUCUUACACGGUUGUUUGAUUUGCAAACUAUACCAAAAAAAUCUUUCUUUGAAACAUUGGGAAGUAUAUCGUGUGAUGACAUGGAGAAAGAACGUCUCCUGGAGUUAGGAAGUCCACAAGGGCUUGACGAUCUUCUCGAUUAUUGUGUCAGAUGCCGACGAACAGUAGCAGAAACUCUUCAAGACUUCCCUAAAACCGCUAAAAACAUAUCACCGGAUCGGCUUUUCGAUAUUUUUUCUUAUAUAAGACCCCGGGCAUUCAGUAUUGCUUCAAACGAAAGAUGCCAUCCAAAGCGUGUAGAACUUUUAGUUGCAAAAGUAGAAUAUAAGUCACGAAUGUCGGUGCCUCGGCGAGGUCUUUGUAGCUAUUACAUCUCCACACUUGAAGAAGGGCAUAAGAUAUUUGCACGAAUCCGAUCAGGAACCUUUAAUUUCCCUAAAGAAGCAGAGACCCCUGUAAUCUGCAUUGGCCCGGGGACAGGUGUGGCACCUUUCAGAAGCUUCUUAAGCUGGCGGGAUAACACUCCUUCAGAUUCAGUUUUGUUUUUCGGCUCUAGAAAUUCAACAAAAGAUUACUAUUUCUCUGAUGAAUGGCCCAAUCUACUUCAUACAAGAGUUCUCACCGCCUUCAGCAGGGACCAAGAAGAGAAGAUCUAUGUCCAAAAUGUGAUUGCGAAAAACCCACAAAUAAUCUCGGAGCUGCUGCGGGAGAAGAAAGGAAUGGUUUUCGUGGCAGGUAGUGCAGGAGCAAUGCCCGAAGCUGUCGUUGAUAUAUUGAACCGGAUUGGUGCGAAGUAUGAUGCUACUGAGCCACUAGUUGAUUACUUGGAAAAAAGAGGAAGAAUUCAGUAUGAAACAUGGUCUUAG